GACAAAGAUAGGUCUCAUAAAAUGAUACCAUUUCCUUCACAGAACAGAACCACAUAGCAUCGUCUCAUCACUUAUAAUGGUAAGAUAUCCAAAACUUUCAAGGUAACGUCAGCAACAUCAAUUACGAACUCCUCUCGCUACAUCGACUUCGCUCCUAUUUCCAGUACCAGCAGUCGUCACUUGAUAACUUACAUUCAAAACCACCACGAAACCGUCAGAACCUCAGUCAACAUGUCAGAUAGAUCUUCAAACAGGGUCAGAAACCCUGAUCAAUCCGCCCAAAUCAAACUCCCCACAUCAACGCCCAAACUCUCUGCGAGAGAACUUGGACUCUGGAAAGACUAUUUCCAGCACCCUUCAGGCCCAAGAUUACGCACUCCUUCAGUUCAGCUGGAACAGAAAACCGUCAAUCACUCUCAGCUUCUAGAAGACUUCAAGAAUUACUAUAUAAGCAACCAAGUUGAGAUUACUGAGCACAAUACCAUACUCCAUGUAAUCCGUACCCACCAUGGCAUGUCAGUCAAAUCCGAAUAUCACAUAGUCGAAUGUUUACAUUUGUCAGCUACAACGAUACCUGGUCUUCCUAAGGCUAUUGUAGCACUAUACCAUGUCAAAACUCCAGAGAAUGAGAAGCCUUACCUCGAUCGUGCUCUUUUUGUCCAGGAGCUUUCUAAAACAGACUCUAUAGCUUCUCCGGCAAGAGGACAGCGACCUAAAGCUCGUUUUCUAUCCAUAGCAGAGGAUUUAGAAGAAGAAAUUUCGUACCGCUUUUAUGUGCCUGGUAGUCAGAACAGUGGUCCGUUAUAUGGACAGUAUAUCCAGGAUGAUGCGUUGGGUAGUGUAGAUAUUGAGCAACUCGAUCAAGGAAGAGUUCUGUGCAAGUCUACUGCUGUGGUUUGGAGAAAGCGGGAACCUUUACAGCAUCUGCGAAGGGAAGAAUGGGAGCGUAAUAAUAUCGCUCUAAGACGUGUCGUGGAGGAGAGGCGGCUUUAUGUAAGAUACCUUGAGUCUCACGAAAGUUCUGUGGCUAUGAGACAUCGGGGACGAGGAUGAUAUUGGGAAAGAAUCAUAUGCCAGCUUGGAUUUUCGGUUCAUUGUAUAUUAGAUGACAAACGCGGGCUCAGCAAUUUGAGUCAUUUGAAGAAAUAUGCAUAAAGUUUAGAGUUUGGAAAGUGCCAAUUUAUCUUGUACAAUCAAUAUCCAGUACCCGAAUGAUGCUAGGAGGCAAACA